AUGAUUAGUAGUCUGAAUAGUGGCAUCGACUGCAUAUCAAAUGAUCAUGCCUAUUCAACAACAACCAAACAACUAAAGCGACUGAUCACGAUAAAAGUCCCGAAACCACUCGACCCCAUUAUACAACGGGUGAGCCUUUUCCGCGCACGCUAUGGCGCACUUAACAAAUCCAUUGCGCAGGUUAAGAAGGAGGAGGAAGAGGAGGAGGAGGAGAGAAAGGAGAAGCUGAGUGCAGACAAAGGCAAACACCCACACAGACACAUGGACAAAUACUACAAGCUAUACCGGAAAGGAGGUAAAUUGUGUUUUCCGUUCGUCAUACACAUUGCAAAUGAUAUGGAAGUGCAACUGGCGAAAGGCGUUUGA